GUGCCGGCAGCCGUAAAGCGCGGCCGGUCGUGCUCGCUCGCCUGGUUGCCGAUUCAUGGCGGCGGUGGCGGUGGCGACGAUGGCUGGGGCCGGGGGGCCGGUGCUGAACGGGGCGGAGGCGGGCGCCGCGGGGCUGAAGGAAGCGGCCGGCAUGUACGAACAGCUGCGCGCCGAGUGGAACCGCAAGAACCUCAACCUGGGCAAGUGCGGAGACCUCCUGGGGCGCCUCAAGUUAGCCCUGCUGGAGCUCAACUUUCUGCCCACCUCAGGCACAAAACUGACAAAGCAGCAGCUCAUUUUGGCAAGAGACAUCCUAGAAAUCGGAGCCCAGUGGAGCAUCCUGAAGAAAGACAUCCCCUCUUUUGAGCGGUACAUGGCUCAGCUCAAGUGCUACUACUUCGAUUACAAGGACGAGCUGCCGGAGUCAGCCUAUAAGCACCAGCUGCUGGGCUUGAACCUUCUCUUCCUGCUCUCCCAGAACCGGGUUGCUGAGUUCCACACAGAACUGGAAAGGCUGCCAGCAAAGGAUAUCCAGACCAACGUCUACAUCAAGCACCCAGUGUCUCUGGAGCAGUACCUAAUGGAAGGCAGUUACAACAAGGUCUUCCUGGCAAAAGGCAACAUCCCCGCAGAAAGCUACGCGUUCUUCAUCGACAUCUUAUUGGAUACGGUCAGGGAUGAAAUUGCCAGCUGCAUCGAGAAGGCCUACGAGAAGAUCCUGUUCAACGAAGCCACUCGGAUGCUCUUCUUCAACCCCAAAAAGAUGACAGACUAUGCCAAGAAGCGCGGCUGGGUGCUGAGCUCCCACAACCACUACUGCUUCAUGGGCCAACAGCAGAAACCGGAAGACACCACUAUUCCCUCGACGGAGCUCGCCAAACAAGUGAUUGAAUAUGCUCGGCAGCUGGAGAUGAUUGUCUAGCAAGACUGUGGGUUAUACGCCCUUCUCCUUAUUUUAGCCUUCUUUUUUUUUUUACUCUGGUUCCCAUUUAAAGGGCCGUAUACGCCAAGAUUUGAUUUCCCACCCCCCGCCCCCGCCUUCCUUGGGACACUGGAGUAAAAGUGGAGAGCUAGCACCCUGUGGCGUUGUUUCUUCCUCCUGCGUGAGGAGACAGAUCAGGGGACAAGCCAGUCAUGGGCUUCUCGGACCUCUUCAGGAAAUUCCCUUUUUAUGAUUGUCACGUACCAGCCUGUCAUUUGGAAACAACCCCCGACGGUUCUAAUCGUGCCUGGAAGUGGAAUUCCUCCAUUUUCUGGUCAACAAAAGGUUACGCUUGUCUCCCUGACCAGUGAUCUUGGCCUUUUUAUUAUAUUAUUAUUAUUAUUAUUAUUGUCGUUUGGUAAAUUGCCAUCCUUCGGUGCAAAUUCUCCAUUACGGAGAUAGUCACAAGUUAAAUAAAUACACCAUUUCUUCUACGAA